AUGCCCGAGACACAAUCUCCCACCCACCCCUCGGUGAUCCGUGUGGUGCGUCAACCCGGCUCUUUUGCAUCAUAUUCUAUCUCCACGACCACGUUGCCGGCCGGGGCUCUGGUGGCGCGCUUGACUAGCCCGCCGCUGACAUUUGCGCCGGCGAAGCGGUGGUCGUCGGUGCAAGUGUCGGAGACGCAACAUAUCGAGCUGAACUGCGACUUCCUGUACGUCAACCACAGCUGCGAACCUAGCCUGGAGUUCCACGUGGUCGCGGACGCCGAGGAGGACAAGCCGGUGAUCGAGGUGAGGGUUGCGGCGCGGCGGGAUGAGCACGGCCAACCCGUAGGGAUCCAGCCGGGCGACCAUUUGACCUUCUUCUACCCCAGCACCGAGUGGAUCAUGGACCAGCCGUUCGAGUGCAAGUGCGGCACCCGGAGCUGCAAGGGCUGGAUCUCUGGUGCCCGGGACAUGACGCCGGAUCAGCUGCGCGGGUACUUUUUGAACGCGCAUAUCGAGGAUCUGAGGAGCAUUCCGCGACAGCAACAGGAGGGCCAGGGGAAGAACUAG